GAGACUUUUACUGUGAGACUUUGAUUUUGAUAAGUGCAAUUCCUGAACUUUCCAGGAGGCGGCGGUAGCGUUCUUAUUCACUACCUGCUGUGUUAUAGUUGAAUACUGAGAGAACGUCAGCGGUUUAACUAUAAGUUUCUCCUGCCUGUCUUUCUGGUUUAUCGUUGGUGAUUUGGUGUUCAAGUGUUAGUACAUGACAAAUAAACUAUGAUUCAAUACACUUUGAAAAAGAAGCUCCCGUCUCCUCAUCAUUAAAGUGUUCUGACCGACACACAGGAGUGUUCACUGUAUAAAUUUCAAGCCAGAGCCUAUAAGUCUAAUUCCUACCUAACAAAUGGUCCUUCGAGCCGGAUACAGUGCUCAUUCCUGGCAUGAUGGAGUUUGAUGAGGAGAACAUUAGAGCAACCAGACCAAAGCGCCAUAUACGUCCACCAGUCCGACUCCAAGAUUUUGAAGUACAGUAUGUAGGGGGCAGACCAGUACCUGAACCUGUUCUCUCAUCUCCUUGGGACUUACCUUCCCGCACGACCCCCUUUCAGUCAUUUUAUGACAAGCCUGACUCCUUCCAUGGUGAUCCUACUCCACACAGCAGCUUUAAAUUAGGUGCUGCUGGUUUAAAUUAUGCUGAACGCAGUGAAGCCUUAUAUCAUCAGUUCCCAUCAACACAGAGUGAAGGCUACCCUGAGUAUGAACGUCACAGAGAACUCCAAGCCAUUCACAAAGAAAAUGCCCAGCUUAUUCAGUCACGUCAGGCCUUUCAUGCUGAUCUGAUGGAGUUAAAAGCAGUCCGUACUGAGGUCAAAGAACUGGUCACAGUUGCUAAAGCCCUUAAAGCAGAACUUAGUACAGCAAAAAGCCGUGGCAGUCCUUCAGCUCGUCAAGAUUCAUUGAUGUUUUCCAGUCCUUCGUGCAACGUAGACCAACCUGAGCUAGACAAUUCUGCAUAUAGUGACCAAUGGCCUAAACUUCCACCUUGGCCAGAACCUGAGCCUGGACUUCAGAGGGGUAUUGAGACUUUGCAGUUAACAAAACCUCAAAAAGCUGCCUUCCAAUCUGAGGUACCUAAUUAUUCACAGGCCUCCAAAGCGCAUCCUUCACCUGCGUACUGUUAUCCUCCAUAUUCUGCCCCAAAUACUGAGAUAUUCCCCCCUCCUCCAACCCCUGAUGAACUCGGAGAGCUAUUUUCCCCAUCUGUGCCGCGCUCAUACUUAAAACCCUCGCAACUCAGAAUUCCAGUUGCCCCUCCCACAUAUAGUUCCACACCUGCUCAAUCUAACCACGCAGCACCUGAGGUUAGAUUAACUUCAGACACAACACAUCUAGCCCACCCUUCAGUGUCAGAUUAUGUAUAUAGAGGACCUACCCCUACUAUUCCAAAGUUCACUCGUCCAGAUCCAAGUGAAUUUGCCAGACUCCGUAUUGCUUUGGAGAAUUUGCUUCCUCCCAAUGGAACUGAACUCUUUAAGUAUCAAAUACUUGUAGAUCAUUUAAAAUUGGAUGAAGCUAAAUUAAUAGCAGAUGCUUAUUUGAAUUCACCCUUUCCCUUCACUGAUACCAUGAGAGCCUUACAUGAGAAGUAUGGUCAGCCCCAUCAGCUGGCAUUAAGAAAAAUUGCAGUUGUUCUGGAAAUGCCAGAUGUAAAACGAGGAGAUAUAAUUGCCUUCCAAAAGUUUUCACUUCAGGUACAGUCUCUGGUAGGUUUGCUAAAAACUUUAGGCCCUGAAGGUGAUAUUGAACUGCAGUGUGGGUCACACGUUGCUUCUCCUUUAUUCAGCAGGCCAAUUGAUUGGAACUAUAAUACCUGGCAGGAACUCCUGGAUGCCACUGCUUAG